AUGGCCCUUUUGCAAUAUUCUACAUUAUAUACAGUUAUUAUAUUUACUGCAGUUGUUAUAACUAUUCCAGUUCUAUGCGGUGUCCAUGUGAUUCCGGUGCGCGUGAGAAUUGUGUAUAUGAAUGAAAAAUACUUGUACAACUAUUCCUGUGUCGUCAAACGCUACAGUCGCACCAGCCCGCAUUACAUUAAUGUGGAGUCUACCCUUAAAAAGGAGUGGAACAACAAUGUUACGAUAAAUUUAAUCAUCAAUGAAUACCUUCACAACGAGUACCGGCGCUCGUUCAUAGGACUACACUACAAAUAUUGCGAUCUGUUGAAUAAUGCAAAUCUUGGUGCGAGCAUCGCCGCCUAUGGAAUUAAAUGUCCUUUAGCGGUUCCGAAAAACUACCAACGUUAUAUACGACAAAUGCAAUACGACAAAGGCCUUCCCCAAAGAUUUCCACGAUCGCUGGUCUUAGACCAUCCGUAUAUAACGGGUUCCAGUGCCGGUCCACCUUGUGGGAGGCCUACGCUUCGUAUUCCGGUAGUUUUCGAGGCG